AUGAGUGAUGCGGCUCAUAUCGACUCUCAAGCCGGUCGACCAAAGCUAACCUUGCCGAUAACACCGCGAACCCUCAAUAGCGUAUCCUCGUCAAACUAUGAGGAUACCUAUGGAAGCCAUGAGGAGUCUUACAACACCGAUGUAGUGUUUCGUGAUACAAAUGAGGUGGAUCAUGAUGUGUGUUCUCCUGGCAAGCGAGAUGAACAUAGGAGGCGUUUUGAAAGCUUUGAGAGCUGGGAUUCUGCUUCGGAUAGCUGUUCGUCGAGAGACGGUGCAUUGAGUGAUGGAGUGGAUGAGGGUAACAUGCUCUUCAUGAGUUACGAAGCCUCUCAUGAGUUGCGAGAAUUGCGAGCGACACGUGAAGUGCAACAUUAUGGGGGGAUGAGAGUGUUCCGAGGUCUUUGGGGGAUGGUGUUCUAUAUAGGACCCCAUUGGUAUGCUAUAUUAGUGAUGAUUGGAGUCAUUCUUGGUAUCGGUUUUGGAUUUACUUUUAUGCUCACACCAGGGCUACAGUUGUCGGAAACUCAGCAGAAAUUGCAGAAAUUCAUAGGGACUUUUUUGACGAUGAUCUCGCUGCUCACAUUCCUUCGCUGCGCGCUCGUCUCGGACCCCGGUAUCUUGCAAGCGUAUCCUGAGGAGGCUAACGAUACUGAUGACAUUGGAGAGGAACAGUGGCUUCCCAGCCACGGGAUGAUCUACUGUAGGAGGUGCAAAGUCAUGCAGAGAAAAGGAACUCUGCACUGCGAAUACUGCCGGGUUUGCAUAGAUGAGUUCGACCAUCAUUGCCCGUGGAUCGGUAAGUGUGUCGGUGGAGGCAACGUCACGGAUUUCUAUAUAGUUGAACAUUAUCAUCCGGCCAACAUUUAUCGUUAUCGACCCCUACAACUGUGUGAUUCUGACUUUGUUGCUUUCAAGAAAAACUGGGGGGGAGAGAGUAGUAAGGGCGUGAGGGGCUCGAAUGCAGAUCAGGUUCAUACUCAUUAA